AUGUCUACUGGUGGAGCUGCACAUACUGUCGUCGUCGUCGCUGAGAUAAAUUUACGUUUAAUACUCGUUAGUGGCAAAACAAAAGAAUUCCUAUUUAAUCCAUCAGAUUCUGCUGGUGAUAUCGCACAAACAGUAUUCGAUAAUUGGCCUGAAGAUUGGGAACGCGAAGCCGUCUCCAAGGCCGAAAUAUUACGUCUCAUAUAUCAAGGUAGAUUUCUACAUUGCAAUGUAACCUUAGGCGCACUGGGACUUCCGCUGGGCAAAACGACUGUUAUGCAUUUAGUGCCGCGUGAUAAUUUGCCAGAACCCAAUUCGCAAGAUCAAAGGCAAAAGAGUAAAGGAGGUUCCAGUAGAUGCUGUUCAACGACAUGCUGUAUUUUGUAACUAAAUUAGCCUAUAGUAAAUAAAUUAAUUUAAAUGCUAUAUUAUAAUUAUAAUUAUAAUAUUUACAAAAAAAUAAAAUUAAAAAACGGAAGAAAUAUAUUUUCUAAUAAUUGAAGUGAAACUUAAAUAACCGAGAAUAGUUUUAAAUCAAAACUAAAUAAUAUAAUAUGAAACAAAAAAAAUGAAAACGAGUAAUUAGUAGAAAGUUUCAAAUGUGAAAAUGAUUGUGAAUUCAAGAAUCGUAGUUGGCAAAUUUUUAAAACCAUAGUGAAAAUGAAAACGAAAUAAAAAAAGAAAAUAAAUUUAAAUAAAAAGUGAAAAAAUAAUUACAAUGUCGGAGCUCGACUCAAAAUAAAACAAUAAAUAAAAGUAAAAGCAAAAGCAAAAAAUACAAAAAAACAACAUACAGAAAAAAGUAAGAGAAAAAAGAAACGAAAACAUGAGAAAGCAACAGUUAUAAGUAUGUGUAAGUGUAGGAGUCUAAGGGAACUUAGAGGUUUAUAGUUGUCGACCGGAGAAAUUGUGCAAAAAGGGUAUAUUAUAAUAGAAUAUAAUAAAUAACACAACAUUAUACUUACCUACAUAUAUUUACAUUCAAAAUAACGUGUAAUUGUAGAUAUAAUAUUUAUGUUAAUAAAAUUAAGUAGUGAAUUAAAACAAAAGCAAAAUUUAUGAAAUUCAAUUGCAUUACAUUGCAUUGCAUUGCAUUGACUUGACUUGAGUUCAGUUAUAUGUAAUAUGUAUGUAUGUAAGUAACAUAAUGUAAAGACGGCGAUGGCGAAUGCAAAUUGAUAACAGCUAACUGCGAUGAGUGAAAAUUGAGAAGGUAGACAAGCGAGAAGAGAGUAAAGAGUAGAGAGUAGAGAGUGUAAGGAGAAAUUGAAUUUAGAAAUUGCGUUAUUCCUUCCAUUUUCAUUGAGUUGUUAUGUGUGUAUGUAAAGUGUUUGCUAGCUAAAUUUUACUUUAAAUUUACAUUUAUAUACAAUUUACCGUUACAAUCGAGCUAUAUGUGAUUGAUGAUCGUUUGAUUGAUGGUCUAUUUUACGCCGCAUCGAAAUGCAAAUGUUAGAUGCAAACUGCAAGCUGCAAGUCGCAAAUUGUCAAGUGCGAGAAGAGCCGUAUAAAAAAUGGAGAAUGAAAAAUGAAAAAUGGCAAAGGAAGCGAAACUAAAAAAAAACGAAAAUGUUUACAGGCACAGAAAGGUGUAUAUGUGUUGUUGAGUAUAGGGUUUGCACUGUCAAGUAUUUGUAGCUGAUUUAUACUAUAUGUAUGUAUGUAUGUAAUUAAACUGUUAUUUAUGUAUUCUGUUAAA